AUGUUAGGAACUCAGAAAGAGGAAUCAAUAGAUGCGAUAAUUGCCUCCCAUGUGGAUGAGUUAAAGGUAGUGGCUAAAGCCCUCUUGGAACGUUUAAUAAAGCGUCGAUCAGAGUCUUCUUUAGAAGUAGAAGUUCGAUUAUGCCGAUUUACGGCGUGUAAAGAUACUUCUUCAAAGAGUGGUAAUGUGCAGAAUGAUGAAUUACGUCUUGUUGAGGCAAAAGUAAAGCCUGGUGUAUCUGCAAAUCAUUAUGAACGCCUGAAGGCAUAUUGUAUCUCCAAAGCAAUGGAUGGAAACAUUACACACUCCACAACCCGUGAUGUCGUUGCGCAUAAUUGGCGUUACACCUAUACAGCAGAGCCAGAUGAUAAUGAACCCACGCGAUGUAUAAGCCGUGUAAAGAAGAAUCGCGUAUUUGUAAGUGAUAUUCUAGUACCUUUUGCUCCUUAUAAUAUUCGUUUCUCUGUUUCCACAGAGACAUCUGGUAGUUUGCCUAAACCUGGUACUGCCCCAGAAGUGGGUUACACUCGCCUUAAGGAGCGGACAAGUAUCGUCGAUGGGUUAUUUCGCUAUGAUAUGACACGUGUAGUGGAGAGUAAUGGCGCUACUUCAUAUGAAGUGGAGAUUGAAGGAGUAUUCACACAACCAGAGACGCAAUUAACAGAGGCGUGGGUAAUGGAACUCCUUACAAAAGCACUCACAUUAGCGAUUAUUUUAAACAACUCUAGUCACUAG